AAUAAAAAAAAAAUAAUUCGGUUUCGGAUCGGCCCGUCCCUGAGAAAUCAAUAUGGCCUCCGGCCGUGGUCGGGGCACGCGAGUUCGUAAUAUUUUUGUAAAAUAAUUAACAAAAACAUACAUUUUAUUUAAAAAAAAAUAGCCUAUUAUUUAAAAUAAAUUUUUUUGCCGCCGACUGGAUUUUCAAAUAAUUUGUCAGGCUGCAGUUAAUUUUAAAAUUUUAAAAAUAGUGGAUUUUAUUUAACUCACUGCCGAAGAGUGAUGACCGGAGCCGAUUUAUAUUUUUUAUAUUAUAAAUAAAUUAAUAAAAUAUAUAAAUUAUAUAUUUAUGUGAUAGAUAAUGUGUGGGGUAUAUUAAUUUAGCCGAUGAAGAUGUUGGUUUGCUGAUAAUAAGUCACAGAAAAUAAAAAAUGUCCGAAGAUAAAAAUAUCAGUGUCGAGGGUUGUCCGGAAGAAGAGGCUGAGGAUGAUGAUAUGGCGACGAUAUCUGCUGUCGAGGAUAAAGUUAGUAUUCAAAAAAUUUUAGAAGGUAUGACAAAUGAAUUUAAUCGCAGUAUUCAUAAUAAUUCUGUUGGUAAAAGUGCUGAGGAUCAGCAACAAGACGAUAGUAAUUUUAAAAUCGGUGCUGAAUAUUUAGAGGAAGAGGAUACUGAUACUAAUAAUGAUAAUGAUAAUGAUAAUGACAAUGACAAUGACAAUGACAAUGACAAUGACAACGACAAUGAUAAUGAUAAAGAAUGUGAAUUGAUGGAAGUCAAUGAUAUUGAUGAUGCUGAAGAACAGCAGGUUGAUGAAGAACAAGACGAAGAAGAAGAGCAAGAAGAGGAGGAAGAAGAAGAAGUAGAGGAAGAACUGGGACAAGUUGAGAGUCUUGAUGACGCGGAAGUUAUCGAGUUACCCAAAGCUGAGAGUAAAAAAGACAACAUUCCAAGAAUUGUUCUGACUUUUCGUACGAUUGAUGAGACAACGAAUGAUGGCAGGAAAACUAAAAUAUCAAGUUGCGCUUCUAAUUUGAGCCUAGUACCCGACGAACUGGGAAAUUGUGAUCAGAUCGGAGGUGUUUCGGUUAAAAUCGAACACUCGGAUGAUCAUUCAGAUGCUGCUGAAAAGUCGGACAAUGAGGACAAUAAUGAGGGAAAUGAUAAAGAGAAACUGGAUUCUGAUAAUAAAGAUCUGGAUAAUCAGCAGCAGGUUGAAAUCGCAGCUACUGAAGUUGAGGAGAAUUUGGUUGAAGCUGAUGCUGAUGUUGAUGCUGCUGCUGAUGCUGAUGCUGAAGUUGAGAUACCAACUGAACCUACUGCUGUUGACGCUGUCGCUGAUGAUGUGGAUCCUGGAGUUUCUAAUGAACCAGCAGCAGAAGUUAAUGAUGAAAAGAAAGAAGAAGUGGAACCCAGUGUCGUUAAUAACCCAGUACCUUUAACGAGAAAACGAAGAAGAAGAACGAGACUAAGAGCUUUCAGUGAUUCGACUGAAGAAACUCCUAGUUUGAAACGUUCUGCUCGUAGACUGUGCAAAGAAUCUGGUAAGAGUACGGUACUAGAAAGUGCAAUGGCGAUAAAAGAAAAGUCAAACUCAACUGAAGAAAAUAAAAAGAGAAAAUACACAAAACCUGGACGGCCUAGACGAACCAACAACAAUAAAGAAUUAAAAGAAUCUAAAGUUACGAAUUCUUACAAUGACUAUAAUAAUUAUUCUGACAAUUCCGUUCAUGACAGUUCUAAAGUAUCUAGUCCGGGUGAUAGUAAUGCCAAUGAUACGUCAUUAGCUGAAGAGACACAAAAUUCUAUUGUUGAUUAUGAGGGUAUGCCAAAAUUAUCGCCUAUGAUUAAAGAUUCUCCAGCAAAGUCGGAUCCUGUAGACGACAGCUCGGCUUCGGAUGUUGAUAAGCCCUUUCUCAAACCCGCUGCUGGUAGAAAAAAAGACCGCGGGAGACCUAGAAAUAAUAGUUACGCUGCGAGAAAAAUUGUUAAGCAUGACUCUUUUGAAGAUGGACCAUCUGCUGCAGAAGCUGGAAAAAAUAAUGACUACCCUGAAGAAUAUCAUGUGCCAACAAAAAGAACCCGUAGGAGUAUGGUACCAAGUCCAAGUCCCGCUGAAGGACAAGCAUCAAAACCAGAAUCAUCAGCAGUAUUUAGUGAGACUUAUGAGCAAUCGAUGAUAUGUUUAUGUCAAAUGCGGUCGCAGUUAUACGUCACAAUAACAGGAUCAGGAACACCAUUAUUUUGUACAGCGAUAGACUCAAUAGACAACAGAUUAAUUGGAUGUUGCAAUGAAGUAGACGGCAAUGACGUAGCGAUGAGACGUCCAAGUACACGUGUACCAUACAUUAUUUUAUGCCGCGCUCAUAAAGAACGUUUAUUACGUCACAACUGUUGUCCCUCAUGUGGUUUAUUUUGUACUCAGGGUAAAUUUGUCCAGUGCAAUAAUGGGCACCAAUUUCAUCGUGAUUGUGAGAUUUACGUUAAUAAGAAGCCCGUAUGCCCUCAUUGUGCCAAUGAAACUUCUAAUUAUGACGUUUUGGUAACAAUGACUGGAUCACGUAAGCCUGUUUUCAUUCCAACGCGUAGAAAAUUUUCAAAAUUACCUUCUGCUAAAAUGACAUUGCCUGGAAAAGGUGACAAUACUAAACUCGCAGAAAGACCACCCAGUCCUCUGGUUAAACCUGAAGAUAUUAAAAUACCUCAAGUUACUAUAAAUACAAAUGAACGUCCAGAACGAUUUACAAUAAUGAGUCUUUACACUUCUGUUAAAAAUGGCGAUCUAGAUAAAUUAGUCAAUGUUUUAGCUUGUGGUUAUAAUGCGAACCACACAUUUCGUGAAUAUUCACAUCGUACAGGGCUUCAUAUAGCUGCUGAUCGUGGUAAUUUGGGAUGUGUUCAUGCGCUGGUACAAGCUGGUGCUCAAUUAGAUGUUAUGGAUAAAAAUCAGUUGACACCUUUGAUGCUAGCGGCAAUUGGAGGAAAGACUGAAGUUGUACGUUACUUAGUACGUGUUGGUGCUGAUGUUACACUGAAAGGCGAAGACGGUAUGACUGCAUUGCAUAUGGCUGCUAAAUCGGGUCACCUCGAAUCCUGUAGAAUUAUUUUGUCUGAAUGUAAAGUACCUAGGACUUUAGUAGAUUCUGUUGAUGAUGGCGGUUGGACUAGUCUAAUUUGGGCAUGUGAAUUUUGUCAUGUUGAUGUGGCCCGAUUUUUAAUUGAAAAAAAAUGUGAUCCUUUGAUAAGAGACGCUGAGCAAAAUAUCGCAUUGCAUUGGAGUGCUUAUAGCGGGAGUUCAGAUAUUACAGAGAUGUUGUUGAAUGAAGGGUGUGAUGUCAAUGCUGUAAAUGUUCACGGUGACACGCCGCUGCAUAUUGCAGCUAGACAGGAUCAGUAUGCUGUCAGCGUAUUGUUGUUAGCACGUGGUGCCAAAGUAUCGGAAGUAAAUGUUGCUGGUGAGACAGCUUUAAAUUGUUGUACGACUGACGGCGAUACGAUGGCGGCUUUGAGAUUGAAUGCCAAAGUCAUUGAAUUGUCGGAGAGUAUGUGGGAAAAAACAACGAGGAUUCUGACAAAUGAUAUCUCACGUGGUAAAGAAUCGAAUCCUAUACAGUGUGUUAAUGGAUUUGACUCAGAAGACAAGCCAACAGAUUUUUUGUAUGUCGUUGAAAAUUGUUUUACGAGUAAUAUUAACGUUGAUAGGACAAUAACUUCGUUACAGUCGUGUCACUGUGAAGAUAAUUGCAGCUCGGAAAAGUGUCUUUGUGGUAAUAUUAGUUUAAGAUGUUGGUAUGAUGAAGAGGGUAAAUUAAUACCGGAAUUUAAUUACGCUGAUCCACCGAUGUUAUUUGAGUGCAAUCAAGCGUGUGCUUGCAAUAGAAUAACGUGCAAUAAUCGUGUAGUCCAACAUGGAUUGACUCAACGAUUUCAAUUGUUCAGAACAAUAGGCAAAGGAUGGGGUUUGAGAACUUUACGGCAUAUAUCUAAGGGUAGUUAUGUUUGUGAAUAUGUCGGCGAAAUAAUAUCCGAUUCAGAAGCUGAUCAUCGUGAGGAUGAUUCUUAUCUAUUUGAUUUAGACAAUCGAGAUGGAGAAACUUAUUGUAUUGAUGCUCGACGUUAUGGUAAUUUAGCACGUUUUAUAAAUCACUCUUGUGCUCCAAAUUUACUUCCUGUACGUGUUUUUGUCGAGCAUCAAGAUCUACAUUUUCCUAGGAUUGCAUUUUUUGCAAAUCGUGAUAUUGAAGCUGACGAAGAACUUGGAUUCGAUUACGGAGAAAAGUUUUGGAUAAUAAAAUAUAAGUCAUUUACUUGUACAUGUGGUGCAUUAAAUUGUCGAUACUCGGAAAAAACGAUCCAAGUAACAUUAGAUAAUUACAGAAAAAAAAUCCAACAGGAAGAGAUACUAGCUGGACAAUUAAAUUAAUUAAAUUAUGAGUUUUAUUUUAUUUAAAUUAUAUAUUUGAUCGUGUCGAUCACAACGAAUAGUUUUUUUAAUUAAUUACUGAUUAUAAUUAUAAUUAUUAGAGGAACAAAUAAUAUUUGACGGUAAGUGGGAAAGUUAUUGAGUACAAACGACUAAACAAUUUACAAUUGUUUAAUUUUAUUAUAUUUAUUAAUGAUAAAAUGCCAUUGAUGCAGCUCAUUAUUAUUAAUUACAAUAAUGAAAACUUGUUUUUUUAAUUUAUUAACUGAUUUACUUGCCACUUUUUUGCCGUUGAGAUAAAUUACAAGAAUUUGUUUAAAUUUUUUAAGGUGAAUUACCUAGUACCCGAUCAGGGAACUAGUACCCGAUCACUCCAUGUAUUUCUAUUUGUAUAUCCAUAUUUAGUAAAAUUAAGUAAAUAUAAAUAUACAAAUACAUGAGUGAUCGGGUACUAGUUCUUUGAAUGUGAAUGUAGCAGAUGUCAAACGAAUUUAAAAUUAUAAAAAAAUAGAGUAAAUAAUUAAUAAAAUUAAAUUUAAAAAAAAAAGGCGCAUUUAAAAAAUUUUGAAAUCAAUAAGUGCAUUUUUUAAAUUAUUUACUCUAUUAAUUUAUAAUUUUAAAUAGGAUUCCGAAGUUAGCAGACAUUUAAAAAUUGCACGACUCAUGAUGCAAAGCAGAGUGUGUUUUACGAUCGAAAUUUUUGAAUUUUUUUUCUAACAAUUUAAUUAAGAAAAAAAAAAAAACUAAAAAUAUGCACAUGUAGAAAAUUUAAAAAACUAUUUAUGCAAUUUUUCAAAUUUACUGUCUAAAAGAAAAUCCAAAAAUUAUUAGACGUCUGCUAACUUCAGUAUCAUAUUUUAAAUUUGUCUGAAUGAGUGUGAACGUAGCAGACAUCAGAAAAAUUCAAAAUUAUCAAUAAAUAGACUAAAUAAUUAAAAAAAUAAAAUUGAUAAAAAACGCACUUAUUAAUUUCAAAAUUUUUUAAAUGCGCAUUUUUCAAAAAUUUUAUUUUAUUAAUUAUUUAUUCUAUUAAUAAUUUUAAAUUCCUCUGAUGUCUGCUACAGUCACACUCAUGUUCCCUGAUCGGGUACUGGGCCAUUUAUCUUAACAAAAUUAAUUAUUAUCAAUUUUAAUGACUAAAAUAAUGAGUAACGCAUUUUAAUUUUUUUUAUUUAUAAAAUAUUAAUGAAGUAGAGAAAAAAAUGUAUUAAUUAAAUUAAUUCAUACAUUAAUCUAAUUGACUGACUGAUAAAAUAGAUAAGAGUCAAAUAAGUUUAUUUAAAGUUAUAUUUAAUUUCUUUUUUUUUAUUUCAAAUAAUUAAAUUUAUUAUGUUUUAUUUUCCUUUAAAAUAUAUAAAAAAUAUGCAAUUUAAUUAGAAAUAUUUUUAUUUGUGAAAGAUAUCGAGACUAAUUAUUUUUUCUUUUUUAAUUAAAAAUAAUUUGAAAAGUUUUAUAAAAAUCAAAUGACAUAGAAUAGGCCUCGAAAUAAAUCAGACUUCUCGUCCUUUGUAAUUAAAUUUAAAAUUAA